AUGUCUCGGAGACAGAACUCGCUUUUCGGAAAAUUCCCCUCCGCGGGACCUGGUCCGCCAAUGUCAGUCAUCGCGCUGCUUCCGCGGCUUCCUUCCGCCCGCCGCACUUGCUCCCGCUUCCCCCCCAUGCCUGCGUUCCUCCUCCCCCUUCUCGCGCUGCUCCUCGCGGCGCUGCCGCACUCUCUGUGCGCGGCGGAACGAGCGAACCGGCUGAAACCUGCUGCCACGCGCCUCAUCCUCCUUCCCAGUAACGCUUACGGCGCGAAAUGCCUCGACGGCAGGUCAUUUCUAGUGCGCCUCCCCACCUUCCUCCCACCCAGUCCCCCGGCGUACUACUUCCGCGCGGGGGCGGGCGCGGGGAGGCGCAAGUGGCACGUGCAUCUCCCCACGGGCGGCUGGUGCUUCUCCGCGCGCGAGUGCCUCAAUCGCACCAAUUCCCCGCUAGGAUCGUCGCGCUUCUGGGCUAGACGGCUCCCUGCAGUGGUUGAGAACGGUGGAAAGGUGCCGAAUGCUACGAUCGCCUACCCUCAACUGGGCGGCUUGCUCUCCCGGAGCAGGAGAGCCAAUCCCGUGUUCCACGCGUGGAACCUGGUGUGGGUGGUGUACUGUGAUGGUGGCGCCUACAGCAGCACGCGGGGGAGGGCGGACCUGGGGGGGGGCGCAUCUGUGUACAUGAAUGGGCGGGGGAUCCUGGACGCGCUAAUUUAUGAUCUGCGCAUGAAGCGGGGCAUGGGGGCGGCGUCGCAUGUCCUCUUCUCGGGCAGCUCAGCGGGCGGCCAUGCCAUCAUCAUGCACUGCGACCGCCUCGCUGCCGCCUUCCCCCGCGCCCAAGCCACCUGCCUCUCCGACUCCGGCUUCUUUGUUGGUGCGCAUUCUCCCGUGCUAGAUAGCAUUGACUUUCUACUCUGA